AUUAGCCAAACGCACAAACGUUUACUUUUGUACAUACGUUGAGGCCCGAUUAAUUUCUCGAGCCUCGUGCGCGGCAUUGCGAAACACAGCUUCGGUCAAGCGGACUCCGAAAGAAACGGAAAAUCUUUUUGAUUUGCCGCAGAGCAAGCUCUCUCGACUUUAUGUCGAGAAGCGGCAAAGCGCUACCCGCCUAACCUUUCUGCAUCACGCACGUUUCGCGACGACGAGGCACGCACGCAUAAUAUAAUAAUGGAGAAUUCCGAGGCAGCCGGAACGGCAGCAGCAGGAGGUGGUGUCGGCGAUGUCGUGACAGCAGCAGCAGCGUCCAACGAGAGACUGCCAGGUAAAGGACGUGGUCGUGGUCGUGGUAAUAGCGACCAGGAGCCAUUGAGGAGACCACACCAGGGUGCUGGUGGCGUCAGUGACAUCGUGAAAAAUUCAAUGCUAUCCGUCGAUGCUGCCGAGUUCGUUCCCAAAUUCUUCACCCCGCCGGCACCUCAACCCCAACAGGCUCCAACCCCAGGUGCAGCUCCAGGUGUAGCUCCAGGUGUAGUCCCAGGUGCAGCCCCAGUUCUAACUCCAGUUCCAGCCCCAGUUCCAACCCCAGUUCCAACUCCAGCUCCAACUCCAGCACCUCAGAGGAGUUCAGUUCAGGAUCGUUUAAAUAUUGCCAGGCAAGCACCAAAUGUGCAGCAAGUAAUGUUACAGCGACAGCAUGGACAGCCUUAUUCAGCUACCUACGCAGUACAGCAGCCAAUCUAUCCUCAAGCUUACCAGCAAUACCCAGAAGUUGCUUAUCAGUAUCAACAGUACGAGUAUCCAGUAGAUUACGACGAUUACAAUAGUGAUUCUGUUGGAUACUUUCAUAAUGUGUCUGACUAUCCGCCCAAUGAUAUUAAUCUUUGCUUGGCUCAACUUGAUAAUAGCAUAAGGACUCUGACUGCUAAUCCUGGCAAGUUUGACACAUUAUUGACUCAGUUGGCUGAUACAAUUAGUCCAUUCUUAGAUCAAUCUGGUCCAUGUCACGAUAUCUUUGAUAUGAUUCUUGAGCAGUCAAUAAUUGAAGGAAAUUUCCGAUACAGUGGAGCAAGGCUUUGUGUUCAUCUAGAUACAAUGGCUUUUGACAAUAAUAAGCGUACAUCAGUUUUCAGAGAUACUCUCAUUAGCCAGUGUACACAAAGGACUGAAGAACAAUCAGAGAGUUGGAGACAGAACAGUAAACAAACAGAUGAAGAGGAGAAGAGAUGUCACGGUUUGAUUUUCUUUUUGGCAGAGUUGGUUACACAAAUGGAGUCUGAGCCCGCCUCACUGCUUGGAAAACUUUUCAUACAGUUGAUAAGCACUGUACUACAGAAUCCAGCCCCCACGUCAGCCAAAAACAUUUGUCAAGCUUUAAAGUUGGCAGGCCAAACUUUAGAACGAGACAGCAGCAGCGGUAAUAAGAGCGACAUGGAGCAUGUAAUGCGUUUAUUGACAGAUCUAGUCAUUCAAGGCCGAGUAGACCAGCACGUAGGCCGCAUGGUUGACAGUGUCAGCGAGCUGAGAAGCGGUAACUGGGGCGUUAUCUCUUCUCAUGUGCCAACACCACUUGUCGAGAUUAAGCCACCACUCAUUUCCCAAGUAGUGGUCAAUGAACCGAUAUUCUAUGGUCCUGAUGGUGAAAUCAUAUCUGAAGAAGAAAGUAGGUUCCUGGAUGGUUCGGCAGAAUCAGAGCUUGUUCAAGAGUCUUGGGAAACCAACCCCGUGGAUGAUGCGAUGGCCGAAGCUUUCGAGGAGUUCUUGAAAUUUUCUGAAAACAAUAACAAAGCUAACCAAAAUAAUGUACAGACACAUUCUAAUCAGCAUUAGAGAACUAUGCUUU